CAUCUCCUCUAUUCCUUUCUCUUUUCCCUUCAUUUAGUCUGAAAUGAAAUGGAUACUUCCAAUUGAAUGAGAAUAUACUGCCAAUGAUAUCCGGUCAUGGCGGUGCGAUCCAAUCGUCCUAGAGCAGCUGGACGAACCACGAUCUCUGACAAGAUAUGUUUGCUUCGGAGUCAAUAUCAAUCAAAGGAGAAGAUUCUGGACCGAACAAGGAACAUUGGUAUCAUAGCCCACAUUGAUGCAGGCAAGACGACCACCACAGAGCGAGAUGUGGACGAGGGAUCUACACGUGCCCGAGGAAUCACCAUUCAAUCGGCGGCCAUUACCUUCCACUGGCCGCCAACAGCUGAGGAGAGUGGUAAACCACAAGUGCAGAACCCAAGAUCUGUGACAUCGCAUACGAUUAAUCUGAUUGAUACUCCUGGACACGCGGAUUUUACAUUUGAAGUUCUGCGAUCGUUGCGCAUCUUGGAUGGCGCAGUAUGCAUACUCGACGGUGUAGCUGGUGUCGAGGCGCAGACGGAGCGAGUCUGGCACCAAGCCAGCACCUAUCGCAUCCCCCGGAUUGUCUAUGUUAACAAACUAGACAGAGAUGGGGCUGCAUUUGGGCGGACGGUCAGAGAGGUAGGCUCCCGACUAGGGGCCUUCCCGGCUGUGUGCCAGAUUCCGUGGUUUGAAAACGGCGAUGGUCGCUUUGUCGGUGUAGCUGACGCGAUCAACCUACAAGGCCUUCGAUGGCAAGAAGGAGACGGCAAGGUGGUCAAGAUGCUGAGCCUUGCGCAGCUAGAUGCCGAGGAGGCCCAACUCGGUAAGGAGCUCCGACGUGCCCGUAUAGCGCUUGUCGAACUGCUGAGCGAGCACGACGAGGCAAUGGUGGAGAAGUUCCUGGAAUGCGAUGAGGAUCAUCUUGCCGUCCCUCCGCAAGACAUCCUGGAGAGCCUGCGGCGAUGUCUCAUCGAGGAGCCAGGAAGCAACAUCGUCCCCAUUUUUGCGGGCGCCAGCUUCCGCAACAUCGGAGUCCAGCCCCUGCUAGAUGCCGUGGUGAACCUCCUUCCGAGCCCGAUCGAGGCCCCCGAUCCAGAGGUCAGCAUUGGAGGGGUUCAGGGAGGCUUGCAGCGCCUUCUCACAGGCGAACUCCUUGUAGAGUCGAGCGAAAAGACCGCAUCUCCAAAGGGCAAGCAGAAGAAGAAGUCCGUCGCGCAUGCAGAGUCCCAGAAUGUGAUGAAGAACCUGCAAGGAUGCGCCCUGGCCUUCAAGGUAGUCAACGACGCCAAACGAGGUGUUUUGGUAUAUGUACGGGUGUACUCUGGGUCCCUGGAUCGCAACUGCGUCCUGUUCAACACCAACCUCACCGUCUCGGAGCGCGCCCCGCGCUUACUCAAAAUGUACGCCAACGAUGCGGUGGAGGUGGAUUCGAUCCCCGAGGGACACAUUGGCGUCGUGGUAGGCCUUAAACACGCCCGGACCGGUGACACCCUCGUCUCCUACGCGGGGAACAAAGCGACACCUCCAGAGCCGCUCAAUACCCUGCAGUUGCGGCCCAUCAACGUACCGCCUCCCGUCUUCUUCGCCAGCGUAGAGCCACACAGUCUGAGCGAAGAGAAGAAGGUGCAGGAAUGUCUCGCGCUCCUCCUGCGAGAAGACCCCAGUCUCCAUGUGGCCGUCGACGAGGACUCCGGGCAGACCCUGCUGAGCGGAAUGGGCGAGCUCCAUCUGGAGAUCGCGCGCGAUCGCCUGAUCAACGAUCUCAAGGCCAAGGCAACCAUGGGCCGCAUCGAGAUCGGCUACCGCGAAACGCCUCUGGGCCCGUCUCCCGCCGUAACCAAGAUCUUCGACAAGGAGAUUGCCGGCCGCAAGGGCAAAGCCGGCUGCACGGCCCUAGUCGAGCCAUUCAACCCAGACACAUCACCCGCCCCUGGACCGGAUGCUCUCGCCGUCGAGACCCGCGACGGGAAUCAAAUCAUCAUCCUCGCUCCCGACCUCCAAAUUGAACGCACCAAGAAAGGCACCGAGGAGAGCCCCUUCCUCCCACCAGGCCUGGACGCACACACCUUGCGCACAGCCCUCCAAAACGGGUGCCUGGCUGCCCUCGCCCGCGGGCCCCAAUUCACCUUCCCCAUGCACAGCACCCGCCCAAGUCCAGGAACCUCGCUCAUGGAACCCGUCAUGAACGUCAUCAUCAGCGUCGACGAAGCCAGUCUCGGCGCCAUUGUCCACGACAUCUCCGCCUCCCGCGGCGGCCACAUCGUCUCUCUCGACGAGGACAUCCCCAUCACAGCUACCGAUGCCUCACCCGUGGAGCCGGAUCUACGCGCCCCGGAUCCCUUCGAGACGCCCUCUGUCGGCGUCGAGAUCCCCACCGCGGUGAACCGGCCCCGCACCAUUACGGCGAAGGUGCCGCUGAAGGAGAUGGUGGGGUACCUGAAGCAUCUCCGCAGUCUGAGUGCGGGUCGGGGCACGUUCGUGAUGUCUGUGGAUCGGUUUGAGGUUAUGAGCGCCCAGCGACAGAAGGCUGUGCUGGCGGAGUUACGCGGAGGCUUUUAUUGAUAGCACCAGCGCACCCCCAGCUGUACUAUAAACUGUAUUACUACGUACUCUACUAC